AUGGAUCCCCGGAAGGUGGAGCUGGCGAGGCACAACGCCAGGAUCUACGGCGUGGAGGACAUGAUCGAGUUCGUUGUCGGCGAUUUCUUCCACCUCGCGCCUUACUUGAAGGCAGAUUUGGUGUUCCUUUCACCACCAUGGGGAGGGCCAUCAUAUAAUCAAACACCAGUGUACACCCUCGAUAUGCUGAAGCCAAAGGAUGGGCAUGCAAUAUUUCAAGCUGCUCAGAAAAUAGCUCCUAAUAUCAUCAUGUUCUUGCCACGGAAUGUGGACAUAAGCCAAGUAGAGGAACUUUCGUGGUUGUCUUCUCCUCCCCUGGAUUUUGAGUUUGGAAAAUCUCUUGGUUCCCAUUUGCAUCCCUGGAGUCAGUGUUGUUUCCUGUCGGAUCGUAUUGUCUCGGCGCAAACUGAAAUCUCAGAAGUCCUCUUGUUGAGCCUCUCCAGCCGAGGAGCUGGAUGUGACAUCCACUCCCUGGAGGAUAUGAUUUUUAAGGUACGCUGUUCCGCUUGCGUACUGAUCAUUCUGUUCCUGCCGUUGGGUGCAUCUGAUGACCGGCUUGUCCCCGGCAAGCCGCUCUCCCCCGGCACAACCAUUGUCUCGGAUGGCGGUGACUUCGCCUUGGGCUUCUUCUCCUCAUCCGGCUCGAUGCCGUCCAACCUGUACCUCAGCAUCUGGUACAACGGCAUCCCCGAGCUCACCAUGGUAUGGGUCGCCAACCGGGAAACCCCGGUCACGAACAGCACUUCCUCCGCGUCGACGCUCUCCCUCACCAGCACCUCCAAUCUUGUUCUCUCUGAUGGUGCUGACAGUCAUGUUGUCUGGACAACUGACGUGGCUUCCUCAAGCUCGUCUUCACCAGUGGCGGUGCUUCUGAAUACUGGUAACCUCGUCAUCCAGUCACCUAAUGGCAGCAGGGUGUGGCAGAGCUUUGACCACCCGACCGACACGUUCCUACCUGGCAUGAAGAUGCGGAUCAGGUACAGGACACGCGCCGGUGAGCGCCUGGUGUCCUGGAAAGACGCCAGAGACCCCUCUCCUGGGAGCUUCUCCUACGGCUGUGAUCCGGCCACGUCCAUCCAGAUGUUCCUCUGGGACGGGUCGCGCCCGGUGUACCGCAGCACCCCAUGGACGGGGUACCAGGUGAAGAGCAAGGGCGAGUUCCUGAUAACCAACACCAGCGCCAUCAUCAUAUCCCUGGCCUUUGUCACCAACGACAAGGAGAGCUACACAAUGUUUAGCGUCUCGGAUGGUGCCUGGCACACCAGGUUCGUGCUGACCUUCUCUGGCAAGCUCCAGUUCCAAAGCUGGAAUAGUAGCUCUUCGACUUGGGUAGUCUUUGGGCAGUGGCCACGCCACAAAUGCAAUCACUAUGGCUACUGCGGCACGCAUGGCUACUGCGAUGAGACAAUGUUGCCCGUCCCGACGUGCAAGUGCCUCGAUGGUUUUGAGCCAACGAGCAUGGAGGAGUGGAACAACAGUGAGUUCUCAAAGGGGUGUCGACGGAAAGAGGCGCUGCGUUGCGGUGAUGGUUUCUUCGCCUUGCCGGGCAUGAAGCCACUGGAUAGGUUCGUGGUCGUUGGAAACACAUCGUCGAAGGAGUGUGCGACGGCAUGCGGCCGCAACUGCUCCUGCAUGGCCUACGCUUACACCAACCUGAGCAGAAGCAUUGCCAACGGAGACAUGACAAGGUGCUUGGGAACACUAUGUGGUCAAGAGAUUGCUGUCAAAAGGCUAAGUAGGGAUUCUCAACAAGGAACAAAUGAAUUCAGGAAUGAAGUCAUUCUUAUUGCCAAAUUGCAACACAAAAACUUGGUUCGACUUCUUGGAUGUUGUGACAAGGGAGAUGAAAAACUACUGAUCUAUGAGUAUUUGCCUAAUAAAAGUUUAGAUGCCACCCUUUUCGAUGAUUCAAGAAAACAUUUGCUGGAUUGGGGGACACGGUUAACCAUAAUUAAAGGUGUCGCAAAGGGUCUUCUUUAUCUUCAUGAAGAUUCAAUUCACCGAGAUCUCAAAGCUGGGAACGUUUUGCUAGAUGCAGAGAUGAAACCUAAAAUAGCAGAUUUUGGUAUGGCAAGGAUCUUCAGUGAUAACCAGGAAAAUGCGAACACCCAACAUGUCGUCGGAACAUUCGGCUACAUGGCCCCUGAGUAUGCAAUGCAAGGCAUCAUCUCUACCAAAUCUGACAUCUAUAGUUUUGGCGUGUUACUACUGGAGAUUGUAACUGGUAUGAAGAGAAGCUCCACUAGUCACGCCAUGGGCUUUCCAAGCCUCAUAAUCUACUCGUGGAAUAUGUGGAAAGAUGGGAAGGCAGAGGAAUUGGCUGACUCAUCUAUUGUAGAUACAUGCCUACUAGAUGAGGUGUUGCUUUGCAUUCAUGUAGCACUCUUGUGUGUCCAAGAAAACCCAAAAGACAGACCACACAUGUCAUCGGUUGUGUUCACCCUAGAGAAUGGAAGCACUACACUCCCAACUCCCAGUCGGCCUGCAUACUUCAUGGGACAGAGCAAUGAAUUGGACCAACUCACAAAUAAUAUUCAGAAUUCCGUGAAUACUUUAACUCUUACUGAGGAUGGCCGAGUGUCAGUGUGCAUGAAGUUUUUCUUUUUUCACGAACUUGUGAUGGACGCCGAGGGCUGGUACUCUGCCACUCUGGAGGCCAUCGCCACCGUGCAGUACACCUGCUCAGUGCCUGUCGGUCUCGUCGUCGACACGUUUGCCAGGGUCGGUGGCAAUUCCAUCCAGUUUGCUGCCAGGCAUGCGCCGCUGGCCAACCCCUUCUCGUUUCCAGGACACUGCUUUCCCCCGCUAACACUGGCGUUUCGUUCUCGUGCAGGGGCUGCUACGUGGUCACGGUGGAGAUCGAUCCCUGGAAGGUGGAUCUGGUGA